AUGGGACUGAUAUGGUACGUAUUUUGGCUGUGGCUAUGCUUUGAGAAGCCAAGUCUCCAUCCCACCAUAUCGGCCAGAGAGUUGAACUACAUUGAAUCGUCUUUGGGUGCCGCUAAACAGUCUGCCGCGCCGACAAUCCUCAAUACGCCCUGGAAAGAAUUUUUCACCUCUAUGCCCGUGUACGCCAUCAUAGUCGCCAACUUCUGCCGAUCGUGGAACUUUUAUCUUCUCGUACUGUUCCAGGCAUCGUACYUGCACUCGUUCAACUUCGAAGUGUCUGCAACUGGUUACAUUGGGGCUCUGCCUCAUCUGCUUAUGACUAUAGUGGUGCCUCUCGGAGGUUUGCUAGCUGAUCACAUACGGAAAAACGGUAUCCUGUCCACAACUAGCGUCAGGAAGAUUUUCAACUGCGGUGGUUUUGGCAUGGAAGCCACGUUUUUCCUCGUGUUGGCCAAUGCCCGCACACCACUCAUGGCCACGAUUGCCCUGACCUGCGGCGUGGCGUUCAGUGGGUUCGCCAUUUCCGGUAAGCACAUGAACUUAUCCCUUCCCAAUCUUACACGAUCCUUGCCCGAAUAA